CCGCCAAUGGCAGUUGGACAAAGUUUGGGGACCUGAUGCGGAGGAAGUAUAGGCUGGGGGAUGGAGGCCAUGAAUAAGGAAGACUUCUCUACCAUUGGGGCGUUCGUGCACGAAUUUAAGAAAAAGGCGAGGAAAGUGCACGGGAUUUCGGAGGAGGCGCAGUGCGCCACAUUUCUGGAAUUGCUUACGGGCUCGGAGGCCGCAGAAUUGACAAAGCACGGGGAAGGGAGUGAGAAGCUCACCUGGGCAACUAUAGACAAAGGAGUGGAAGGAGGGAGCCUCGACCAGGUGGAGCAGCACCAGAUGCGGCUGCAAAGGUGUAAGAGGAAGGAAAGGGAUGCUACCGCAUCGGGGACCCCAGGGGUGAAGAGGAUUGUCUCCGACGUGCUGGCGGCAUUGGGAUAUGACAACGAGGAGGAAAUACAGAAAAGAGGGGUGACUGUGGCGCAAGGCCGGGCGUCAGGGGCAGUGGAUGAGGAGGCUGGGCGCGAAGACAAAGGCGGAGAGGAGACGGGUUCCCAAGCCCUGACUAAGGCCCAGAGGAAGCAGCUCAACUUGCUGCUGGGAGGGCAGGGAUCAGGGAAGGGGCAGGAAGAGGAGGAUGGGGGAGACGACGAAGAGGAUGAGAGGCUCCGCCAGGAAGAGGACCGACGAGCCGAGCAGAGGGCCAAGAAGAGAGGAAUUCAGGGAGAGGCGGAGCCGAGCCUGGGCGAUGGCGCGCCAAAAAGGAAGAAGUACGCGGUCUGGAUGGAGGAGGGUUUUGACGUGGAGCGAAUGGUGGAUAAGCAUCUGGAGAGUCACAAUGACUUGAUGAAUCUGAGAGACAUCUUGGCGUCGGCACCAAGGCUCAGUGGUGAGCUGAAAGGGCGGCUUUCACGAAGGCAUGAGGGGACAAUGAUCCUGGCCCUAUCUGAUCCGGCCUGCGGGAACUACGAGAUCAUCAAGUGCCGGAACACGGGACCCAGAAGUGGGAGGAAUAGGCUCAACCUCGGCUCCUUUACCUUCGAGGAGUCUGAGUACGCGCGGCGAAGACUCCGGGAGGAACAAGAGGAGGGAGGAGCGGGCGAGGUAUUGUCCUUAAGCCUUAACGAUGUGAAUAAGGCGAUGGAGGUGGUGGCGGCGCAUGAUAUGGCGGACCCUGAGGCUAUAAAGGCAUUGAGGGAGCAGGCAGGGCCGUGCCGAAUCAAUGAUGAGAAUGAGGAGGGGUUGAUAACUGGCGAAUCUGGCUCCCUUUCGCCCCAGGAGAGGACCUUGAUGGUGGAGACCAUGAAGAGGAGGCAUUGCGUGUAUGCGUUUAAUGACGACGAGCGUGGGAGUUUGGACGUGGAUAAGAUCCUAAUGAUACGAAUCCAUACCGUCCCACAUGAGCCGUGGAAUCUGAGGGGCGCGCGAUAUCCGAAUCCGGAUGAGGAGAAGAAGGUGGUGGACUACCUGGAUGGAAAAAUGUGGACGUACGUGGCAGACUACUCCAGUGGACCGUAUGCCUCCCCUUGGUUUUGUUUUAUCAAGCCAAAUGGGACGUUACGGUCAAUCACAGUGGAAGAAACAAGGCAAACUCUGAAGUAUAUGGCGAAGGGAAAGUCUCCAGGGGUGGAUGGCCUCACAGUAGAAUUCUACAUGGCAAACUGGGAAACGCUAGGCCGUUCUUUAGUAGAAGUCUACAACGAGGUUCUGACCGACGCCCGUUUGGGUAAAGGCAUGACGCACAACAUUAUUUCAGUUAUGUUCAAGAAAGGAGAUAAAGCGGAGGUAAGGAACUGGCAGCCCAUCUCCCUGCUAAAUGUAUCAUACAAGAUCCUGGCAAAGACGCUGGCCCGGAGGAUAGCCAGAUACUUGCCAAGCUUAAUUGAGAAAGACCAGGGUGCAUUCGUGCAGGGCCGGUCAAUAUUCAAUAAUAUUGUAACGGCCAUUGAGACCCUGGAGAUAGUGCAAAGGGAGGGGUUGGACAUGGGAGUCCUUAUCCCUUUACCUGGAGAAGACCUACGAUAAGGUGGGUUGGGCCUUCACCCUCACCACAUUGAGGAAGAUGGGUUUCAGUCAGGGCUUCUGUGCGUGGGUAAUCGCCAUGUAUACGCUGUCAACCUCGGCGGUCAUAAUAAACGGUCACAUAUCAG